AUGCUACCAUCACCACGUCAACGAAAGCAACCAUCGCCUCACGUAACGCCAGCGAAGAGCCAAUCACCAUCCCUACAGCUAAACCUUACACCUGCUCAACGUCUGUUGUCAUACAACGAUGUCCCAGAAUGGUACUCAGACAACCGGUACAUUCUCACAGGCUACCGCCCAAUCUCAAAUUCCACUCAAACUUGCCUAUCCAGUCUCUUCUAUCUGCAUAACGAAUCAAUCAAUAUCUACUCCCACCUGAUCCCCGCAGUAGCAUUCUUGCUUGCUGAAUGCACACUCUACCACUACCUUCAAACGUGGUACCCCCACACUCCACUGCAGGACCAGAUCGUCCUCGCGUUCUUCUUGCUGACAGCGACGAUCUGUCUGGGGAUGUCGGCGACGUUUCAUACACUCAUGAACCAUUCGGAAGAUGUCUGCAAUCUUUGGUUGCAGCUUGAUUUUAUUGGAAUUGUUAUUCUGAUUCUGGGUGAUUUCGUUUCCGGUAUCAAUAUGGUUUUCUAUUGUGAGCAUGAUUUGAAAUGUAUAUAUUGGGGGAUGAUUGGGACGCUUAGUGUCGUGUGUCUCAUCAUACUUGUGAACCCAAGAUUCCAAGGCCUCCGCUGGCGCACUUUUCGCCUGGGGACUUUCAUGACGAUGGGCCUUUUUGGUGUCGCACCUUUCAUCCACGGCAUUGCCCGUUUCGGCUUCAUGCAGAUGAUGAAGCAGUCUGGGGCUCCAUUCUUUAUUGCCGAAGAACUGCUCCUUGCACUCGGAGCUGUUGUUUAUAUUGUCAGUUCUCACAUGAAUUGCGGCAUUGAGGAAAAUUCGCUAAUGAACCAAUCGAUACAGACACGCGUACCGGAGUCUCUAGAUCCGGGGAAGUUUGAUAUAUUCGGAUCCUCUCAUCAGAUCUUUCAUGUCUUAGUGGUGCUUGCUACGACCUUACAUCUUGUCGGGGUGCUAUCGGCAUUUGAUUACAAUUACCACAAUCGGAUUUGUGGACUUUCUUACAACAUAUAG